AUGUCAGUCAAUCCAGCGCCGUCGCUGCAGCUUGCAGAGUACCUCGAGAAGCUGCCCGGCACAACCUUUAGAAAGCUCUAUCAGCAGCCCUCUACUGCCUUUGCUAUCUUCCGUCGCAUGCUGCCACACCUUGCAAAGACCUUUGUAAUGCGAAUCCUCUACUCCCCGAAACCAAUUCUCCUCAGCGACCUCGAUGACUGGGUAAAACCCAGUGCCAAACGCCAAAAAGAUCAAGCUCUCUCCAUCCUGCGCGUCCUACACAUCGUACAAAUCUCGACACCCUCCAAGGAACGACCCCAGGAGAUGCAGCUCACGACAAACUUUAAAAUCGCCCUCCGACUCGCACUUUCCGGCGGCGGCUCACACAACUCCUUCGGCGUACCGUCCACACUACAAAUCCCCCCCGAAAUCGAUAUCACUUUCCUCGACCGCUACGCUAGAAAGAAGUGGGAAGACAUUCUGCAUUUCGUUGUUUCGAGUGUGGGCUACAAAAGCGCAGGCGAAUCUUCUGGACCGAAUAAGAGCGUGAAAGAACUCCUCGUCGCAGGCCGUCUGGUUGAUCGAAGACCCAGCGGCGCUAUUGGCAUUACUCAGGCUGGAUUUACGUUUCUGCUACAAGAGGCGAAUGCACAAGUAUGGACGCUUUUGCUCCUUUGGCUCGAAGCUAUGGAUGUCAACAAAAUGGCCGGUCUCGAAGCUACAGAUAUGCUCUCUUUUCUCUUUGUCCUCGCCAGUAUGGAACUCGGUCGAGCAUACGACACGAAUGCGCUUACAGAGCAGCGCAAAAACAUGCUCCCUUCCCUCGUCGAUUUCGGUCUUAUAUAUAUCCCCAACCACAAGCGCUCCAUGUUCUUCCCUACACGACUCGCUACGACACUCACAUCCAGCGGAAACAGUCUUCGAAGUAUCAGCGACGGUGUAGCAGCCGCCACGGCAGCAGCACUUCAACCAGGCCAAACCCGCGCGCCGGGAAGCAGCGCGACAGGAUCCAGCAAUGAGCAGCGCGGCAGUGUAAUCAUCGAAACCAACUACCGAAUCUACGCCUACACGCAAUCAACACUACAAAUCGCCGUUCUAGCACUCUUCACCAGACUCCAAAUGCGUUUCCCCGACAUGGUAGCCGGACGAAUCUCACGACAGUCAAUCCGCCAAGCCAUCAAUUUCGGUAUCACAGCUGAACAAAUCAUUUCAUACCUCUCAGCUCACGCACACGAUCAAAUGCGCCGCACAGCCGCGCUGAACAACAAACCUGUUCUUCCCCCCACGGUAGUCGAUCAAAUCCGUCUAUGGCAGCUUGAAAACGAACGUAUGAAGACGACAGGUGGUUUUCUAUUUAAAGACUUUGAGGAUCACAAGGAGUAUAUGGCAGUGGCAGGAUUCGCGGAGGAAGUGGGCGUUUUGGUAUGGCGUAAUGAUGUCAAGGGCAUGUUCUUUGCGAGCAAGCAUGAGCAGAUCAGGGAUUAUCUGCGUAUUCUAAAGAAGGCUGGGUGA